GUAUAUGUGUGUGACGUGUGAAGGCUUAUAAGCAAGAACUGUUCUUAUCCUUUCCCCUUUUUAUUUCUCUUCUUUAACUCUCUCUUUUUUUUUAAAAAAAAAAACCAAAAAUGCUCUCUGGUAGACAGAAAGCGAACGAUGAAGAGAAUAGUUUAUGCGUUGAAACAACCAACUACGGCACCAUUCCCCCACCUUCCAGCGAUGAAUCGUCGUCGAGAGGCAACAGUGAUGCAGACGAAAGAGCAAGUAAUCACAGUAGUAGUAUUGUCAAGCGAAAAAAACGGCGUAUGGAACAACGACAGUGUUGCAAACCUAAAUUGUCAGCGCGACUUUCAAUUUUACCCAAACGAAACGGUUCUUCUUCCUGCGAUGAAGACGAACGUCCCACUGAUCUUGUCUUACCUGCGCUAGAUCCAAAGGCAAAAGAAGUGAUUGAAUCAAUACCAACAAAUCGUUCGUUGGACGGAUUGUUUAUGCGUCAGUCUCAUGUCAAUUUAAGUACAGUUCGUGCAAAUUACAGAUAUGAAAGAAGAAAAGCUCGACAUGACACUCAGAAAAGAUCUUUUACAGAGCGCAUGCAGCACUUUUUCAUGUAUAAUCCACACAUUGCCUUUAUGAAAAGCCUGCUCUUUGCCAAAAAGACCAUCAUUUUAUUUGUUAAUUUAGAUUUAUUAGUUGAUCUCAUAUUUUGUAUUGCAUAUCUGGUCGAAAUGAAGGAAGAAGCAGAUGUGAAUCUGUACCCGCCUUGGCUUUAUAAAUACAGAUCUUAUGAUUUAUGGCUAGUGUGUCUAGCAUUGACCUAUUGGGAUCUGUGUUCAUUUGCCAUCCGUAAGUGAAUAAAGCCCUCAUACACACAUACACACACACGCGUACCGCGCGCGCUUAUAAAAUAUGUACACAACUCAUGUAAUCUUUAAUCAAAUUUUUAU